AUUGUUCUCUGACUUCAUAGGCUGGGACAAGAAGCAAUGGGCUUCAGUUGCAGCAAUGGCAGUUUAGGUUGGACAUUAGGAAAAACUUCCUGUCAAGGUAGUGAAGCCCUGGAAUAAAUUGCUUAUGGAGGUGGUUCAGCAUCGGUGCUGGUAUAGCUUGGAGGUGGAUUAACUCCCUGUGGGUUCCCUCCAUAGCUACAAGGUCAUUCAGCCCAUAGUUGUACCUUAAGCAUUAUCCCCCACAAACACCAUGGAGCAAGGGGAGAGGUUAGAGUCCUUGGAGCUGUGCAACAGAGGUGACCAUCCAGGUGGCCUCUUGACAACUCCAGAUGGGGUUAUGGCAAGGUGUGUAUGAACCACACCUUAAAUAAAUGCUGAAGCAGGUGUAUAGCGUGGCAGCUUACCUAAUCAGUGUAUUUCACUGGGAGCACAGCCCCUUGCUGCCUCUUCGUUCCCAAAUGGAGAUUAUGGUUUGAUGGAACAAUGAAAACAACAUUUUUUCUAUAGUUUGUUGGGUUGGGGGGGACACCAUCUCUAUUUGUAAUAAUAAGCACAGAUUUUUUUCCCCCCACCAUCCGCACUAGAGACAAAUGUCACUGUAUGUUUGUAUCUUUCUUUUCUGGGGUAACAGAGCAAGUAGUCAUUCUAGGAGACUAGUGCAUUCUUGUGGGGGGCAGGGGCAGAGAGAAAAGCCAUGAAUCCACUUUCUGAGAUCUGCACGGUCACGGCUUUUGAAGAAGUUUGCAUUUCUCCUUCCCCACCUCUAGGUCCCCAGCUCCCUCCUCUGUGCUUUCUACCAACUUUCUGGUAGGCAGAUGGAAUAAGGAGAGGUGGGCAGGCUCUUGCAUUCUGCACCAGGAACACACACACUCUUCUCAUUCCAAAAGGGGAAAGAGCUAGAGUGCAGUUGCAUCAUAAUGAGCAACCCUGACCCCUCAAUCGCAAUGAGUGUCUUUCCCCAGUGCAUCUCUACUUCCUGACUUUCACAGACUGUCCCCUUCUUUGGAUGAAAUCAUCUUGAAUUAACACAUAAAGGGAAACAUGGAGCCAAUUGUAAGCCUUGCUAAUGUGUUCACAUCUCAGAUAAUCUACUUUUGGAUUGUUGUCAUCUUCUCAGUGUCACGCGCCUGUAGUAAAAAUAUUUCAAAGGCAAGUUUUAUUUUAAUCUUUUCAGCUUUCUGUGGCUUUCUCAGGGUUUCUCCUACAUUCCUCUUCUUUGCUCUUCUUCUCGUCACUAUGCCGGCUCUCUUCAAUGUCACAUACAGUGCACACGCACACAAAAAUCAACCAGAUGCUCUGAGUCUCCAAGAAAAAGCACAGGUGGUGAACACAAAUCUGGAGCUGAUAAAGCAUUUCAUGAAGCAAAGAUACUAGCCCUAUUCUCUGCACUGACCUCGUGCCUUUAUACGGAUCUCUGCAUUUAUUCCACAGAAAUAAAAAUCCACAAACAUUAACUAAGUCUUCAUUUUUGUUACCUUCCAUCCAUCAAGUACUAAGUUGGUAGUGAAUUGUGAACUACUUUUCACUGGCCUAGACGAGACCAAAGUAACGUCUGUGUCUUGGGAUGGUGGAUUUUAAUUUUGUCUCUUUAGGGUUCUGUCUGAGUGGCAAUUUAGUUAAGGCAAGUCCAGCCUUUCCUCUCUUACAAAGGUUCCCUCCCUGUUUGCUGUUGGCUUGAGCUGUCUGUCGGUGUGGUGAAUGUGUGCCUCCUUUCAUAACUGAAUGUGCCACUCUGCAGUUUGGCCCCCCUCCUCCUUUCCCCACCUUCCCCCCCUGAAACCUGGUCUCUCUCUGAGCUCAGCCCCUCUCGCCUGCCUGUGCUUCUGAGCUCUGCCCCCUCCAGCUGGAGACUCAGGUUUAUCUGGAGACGGAGGGGCUCAUUUGGGAGCUGAGAUCUGAGCGGUGAAGGAGAGAUCCAUUGGAACCAGGAGAAGAGAAGGGCUAGUUUCACUGAAGAGCUGAAGAGAGGCAGAGCGUGGAGACCAUGGCUGGAUUCUCAGCUCUUGGGCUGCUCUUUCUUUUUCAACUACUAGCCACAUCCUCAGCUCAGAGAGCAGGACCACGAGGCCCUCCUGGACCACGAGGACUCCCUGGACCACCUGGCAAGGAAGGCAUAGACGGAGAACCUGGCCCACCUGGUUUACCUGGCCCACCAGGGCCGAAAGGUGCACCAGGGAAGCCUGGAAAGGCAGGUGAAGCAGGGUUACCUGGCCUUCCUGGAGUGGAUGGUUUAACAGGACCUGAUGGCCCGCCUGGCCCAAAUGGGCCACCAGGAGAAAGAGGUGCUUUAGGACCUGCAGGGCCGUCUGGACCAGCUGGCAAGGGACUGCCAGGCCCUCCGGGGCCUCCAGGAGCCAGUGGACUCCCAGGUGGAAACGGACUUCAGGGGCCACCUGGACCAUCAGGUCUUCCAGGAUUCCCAGGACAGCCUGGACCUCCAGGACCUCCAGGUCUUCCUGGGGUUCUUCCUGAUGGCGGCGGGGACCUUCAGUGUCCAGCUCUCUGCCCCCCAGGCCCUCCGGGUCCUCCAGGAAUGCCAGGAUUCAAGGGGCACACAGGCCACAAAGGAGAACCUGGGGAAACAGGAAAAGAUGGUGAGAAGGGAGACGCAGGCCCUCCAGGUCCUCCGGGGAUUCCAGGCAGUGUCGGCCUGCAGGGGCCAAGAGGGUUAAGAGGCCUCAUUGGGCCAGAGGGCUCAGUCGGGGACAGGGGACCUUUUGGUUUCAGAGGGCCACCAGGACUCCCAGGACCUCCAGGGAAAGCAGGAGGCCGAGGAGACAAAGGACCUCAAGGGUUCAGAGGGCCCAAAGGUGAUACUGGUAGACCUGGACCAAAAGGAUCGCCAGGGACCGGUGGACCCAGAGGAGAACCUGGCAUGCCUGGCAAAGAUGGACGAGAUGGAACACCUGGACUCGAUGGUGAGAAGGGUGACGCUGCUCGCUUCGGUCCUCCGGGAGAGAAGGGGCCAAAUGGACUUCCUGGGCUACCUGGAAGACCAGGUCACAAGGGUCCAAAGGGUGAACUAGGUAGUCCUGGAGAGAUGGGAGAGGCAGGUCCAUCGGGAGAGCCUGGUAUCCCUGGCGAUGCUGGUAUCCCUGGUGAGAGAGGUGAGCCUGGACCUCGAGGAUCAUCUGGCGCACUUGGUCUUCAAGGCCCAUUGGGAGCCCCAGGUGUAAGAGGCUUUCAGGGCCGCAAAGGUGCCAGUGGGGAACCUGGACUCCCUGGCCCUACGGGGAUUCGUGGUGAAUUUGGUGACAGGGGUUCUGGUGGAGUUUCUGGCCCCAAAGGUAACCAGGGCACUGCUGGAGCAGAUGGCCUGCCAGGUGACAAAGGAGAACUGGGUCCUUUUGGCCCCCCGGGACAAAAGGGAGAGUCCGGAAAAAGAGGCGAGCUGGGUCCUAAAGGUAUACAAGGACCUAACGGGACUUCUGGUGUGCAAGGGAUUCCAGGUCAUCCAGGACCUAUGGGCUACCAGGGAGAGCAAGGUAUCCCUGGCAUUACUGGAAAACCUGGCCCUCCAGGCAAAGAGGCCAGUGAACAACAUAUAAGAGAACUCUGUGGGGGAAUGAUAAACGAACAAAUUGCACAGUUAGCUGCUAAUUUGAGAAGGCCCUUGGCUCCUGGACUGACGGGUCGACCUGGCCCAGCGGGUCCCCCAGGUCCACCUGGGGCAAUGGGAAGUGUUGGUCAUCCCGGUGCUCGUGGUCCACCUGGAUAUAGAGGGCCAACAGGAGAACUUGGAGACCCUGGUCCCAGAGGUGAUACAGGUGAAAAGGGAGACAAAGGAGCCACUGGCAUAGGUAUUGAUGGUCCUGAUGGAGAUCAAGGACUUCAAGGUCCACCAGGUGUAACUGGAAUUAGUAAAGAUGGUCGAGAUGGUGCUCAUGGUGAACCUGGUCUGCCAGGUGAUCCUGGUGUACCUGGUGCAAUAGGGGCUCAGGGAACUCCAGGAAUCUGUGAUACGUCAGCCUGCAUGGGUGCUGUUGGAGGAGGAUCCAAAAAAUCAUCAGCACUGAAACUGCAGAAGUGACUGAAUAUUUAAGUAAACAGUGAAUUGUAUGAAAAGAGUCAGGAUCCUCCUAGUGAUAAAUGGACAAAUAUUCCUUUAAUUAAAAUGAAUAAAAUGGAGACUUUGACACAGUAAUUCAGUUCCAUGACACAGGAAAGCAUCUGACGAAAACCUUUACUAAAAAGAUGCUUAAAAUUGUUUCCCCACCUCUUAUUUUCCAGAAUUUUUACUGCAAAUCAGUCUCACUUUCCCUUCCUCCCCACUUUGUUGAAGAGACCUACAGGAGGAAUUGCUCCUUUUACUGUCAUCUCCCUAACUGUACAAAAGCUUGUGGCUAUUUUGCAUAAAGGCUUGACUCUAUGCUCACUGAAUUCAGUAGUGAUUCAGGCACUAAUUGAACAUCAUUGACCAUGUAUAUUUGUUGUCCACCGUGAAUUAUCAGACUGUACCUCAAACAUUUGCCAUGGCUAGUAAAUGUUAAACCCUUUGCAUUCUUGCAAUCUAACUCUGCAAAGGGUGUAAUGUAUAUAUUAUAAUUUACAGGGGAGAGUUUUUGUAUAUUUCCAUGUUAUAACAAAGGAUAUUCAAUAACAGCAUCUUCACGCCAUCUACUUCAGCUAUUUGCACAGAAUUUGUGAAAAAAAUCCCAAGUCAGAAAGGAUGCUCUUCUCAACACCAGCCAAAAUUACUGUAUGAACUAUUGUAAAAAUAAAAUGAGAUUUUUUUAACCUUU